GUUCCAUCUUCUUUACUUGGCGAUGCUGCGGCACCUCAGAGAUUUGACCAAACAACAUGUACGAGAAGGAACUGUAUCUGCAGCCUUCGUAGUUCAUACAGACAGCAAAGGCACUGCCUUCGCACUAGCUCCCAGAGAAGACUUGCCUGCGUCCUUUUACAAGGCGCACAUGGGAUGGAUCGCCAAAAGAUCCGAUCUUGACACUUUUGGACAGCUGAACGGGCCAAUCGCCAUGGCAAUUGGACAGUGGACCGAAAUUGAGAGCUCCUCGACCGACAACAGUAAGUUUGUGCUGAAACCAACACCAGCUGCUGACACAGAGUUCAUCUUGGUGGUCUUGGCAAGCGUUCAGCAGUUUCGUUGGACGUGGAGAAUCUUGUCCAGGUUGGAUACCUUGGGCAGCCCUUUCUGGCGAAGCUUCCUGGGUCAGUCGGACGAAGAGGAGGAUUUGAUUGGCGGCGCUCUAUGCUCGGUGCUACAAGAAUGCUUUCCAGAACAGCUUGGUGCAAUCACCUCAUGUGUGGCUGCCACUAUCGAAGCUGGUCCGGGCUGCGGGAAAAGCACUGCGGCCGUUAAGGUGUUGCAACUGCUGAUGCAGCAGACUCGCUGCCGACAUAUCUUGGCCGCGCCCACCAAGAUUCUUCGCGAUGAGCUAGCGAAGCGACUGGGCCCAUCAUGUGUCCGUGUAGGGCAAGACGCGGAUCACAACGAUGUCUUGUAUCUGGAGACAUUGCGACUUCUGGAGGAGCAGAACCCAAACUUGAUCGCUCGCAUCCAGCAGUAUGAAGAACAGCUCGAAAGGAGGCCUCAAGUCUGCCGGCAUUGA